GUCGUUUGCCUCUCUCGCAUCUGUCGAUCGUUGAUCGUUGUGUGUGUUUUGUCUUCUGUUUCGUUUUGUUAGUGUAUGUCGUGGUGUCGUUUAUUGUUGUUGCUGGUGCCGCCGCCGCCGCUGCUGCUGCUGUUGCUGUUGUUGUUACGCGCUGUGACUGACUUGUUCAAUGAUUUAGUAAAAUAUUCAUAGCUCAUUCCAAAACUUGUUCUUGUGCCUGCUGCAAAUACGACAAAAUAUAACGCGCUACGAAAUUCAAUUUCUAAAUAUCUAUCAAAUUCAUAUAUAUUUUAUCUAUAUAUAUAUAUCCGUAAUGUUUUCUAUGUGUAGUAGUAGUUAACAAUUGUUUGUGUUGUUUUGUUUAUUUAUUUAUUUACUUUUUUUUUUGCUAUUUUAUUGUUAUUUGUUGUAAUUAUACACACAGCAUCUAAAUGCUUACCUAGCUGUCAAUCAAUCAAUCAAUCAAUCGAUCAAAGUCUUUCAAACCGUCGGCGUGUGUCUCCUGCGCCUACUUCCCACUCACUCACUCUCUCGCUCUUUGUCUGUCACUCGUGUGCAAUUCAAAUACGCCGCCAAGCCACCCCCCAAACGUCCACCCACCAAUUGCGUGAGCCCUUUUUAUCGCGCACAACAAAAAAAACAUUAAGAUUUGUAUUUGGAAUAAUAAAUAAACUGUAUAUCACAAUGGAGGUCUGGCGAUCGCUAACGGUUGGCGCAUUUCUAGCAUUGGGAUUUGUUUGCUUCUAUGGCAUGGUGGAGUCGUGCAAUGAAGUCGUCUGCGCCUCGAUAGUGUCCAAGUGCAUGUUGACGCAGAGUUGCAAAUGCGAGCUUAAGAAUUGCUCCUGCUGCAAAGAGUGCCUCAAAUGCCUGGGCAAAAAGUACUAUGAGGAGUGCUGUAGUUGUGUGGAGCUUUGUCCUAAGCCCAACGACACACGCAACUCACUGUCCAAAAAAUCUCAUGUUGAGGAUUUUGAUGGCGUGCCAGAGCUAUUCAAUGUGCUAGCUACCACUGAGGAUAGUGAAAGUGAUUUUUGGGAUGUUUUCACAUUUCAAGUGGAUUGGUCCAGGGGCAAGCCAAAACUGGAUAAAGACGGGAAAUACUAUUUGAAAUUCAAUGAUAAAAAUCUAGAUGAGGCACGUGAGGAACGUGAUAAUACGCUGACAGUGAAUUGUACGGUUAUAUAUUUGGAUCAGUGCGUAUCCUUGAAUAAAUGCCGUCAAAGUUGUCAAACAAUGGGCGCUAGCAGCUAUAGAUGGUUCCACGAUGGAUGUUGUGAGUGCGUAGGAUCUACGUGCAUUAAUUAUGGAGUCAACGAGAGUCGUUGUCGACAUUGUCCAGAAUCGAAAGAGUUGGGCGAUGAUUUCGACGAUGAAAUCGAUGAGGAUAUGCAGGACUAUGGCGACAGUAUGGGUCCAUUUGAUGGCUCAGUGAAUAGCAAUUAUUGAUAACAGCGAACAAAUGCCAUUUAAAGAACAAGAAAAUUUAACAAAUUAGUUACUCAAUUCAGUGACAUUAUUAUUGUGUAGUACGAAGUAAUUUU